AACCCGCGCAUGCGCAGUGAUUCCAUCUUGCUACAUAUUUUUUUCAGGAAAAAAUGGCUUCCUGUCUCAUCUCGCCGACUGUAUGAAGGAUUAAUAAAAAGAUGAAACCACUACCUUUUAUUUUCGGACACCAAGGCGUACUUUCCAGACAUGACCAUUGUUAACGACACAAUAAUAACAUUUGGUCGUAUGUCAUCCCAAGAUUGAGAAAAUGAUGCAUCAAGUGACCUGUAGCAGCAGCAGCAGUGAUUUCUGUAUGAGUGGACCUGCAGAAGACUGCCAUCCGGCAAGCCGUUUUGACUUAUGCAGCCUCCAAUCUCACAAGUUCUACCCAUGCUCCCCCACAAACUCUGGCUUGCACCUGUCAUUCACAGGCCUGGCUCCUUUGCCACAGAACAUGCACAAGGUGAUGGCGGGUACGACGCAGGAGACCCAGAAUACUUUUCAGCCUCUGCCAAUAACAACUAUCAAUAGUGGAGGGGUUGCAGGGCCUGACGGCACCAAAAAAAAUACAGGCAAAGUGAAGUCUGGGAGGAGAGGCAGACCACUGGGGACCACCAAGUUAGCUGGUUACCGCACAAGUACUGGACGUCCACGUGGGACCACAAGAGCUGCUGGUUUUAAAACCAGUCCCGGGAGGCCCCUCGGUACCACCAAAGCAGCCGGCUAUAAGGUGAGCCCCGGCAGGCCCCCAGGUAGUGUCAAGAGUCCGGCGAGGCUCAAGGAACAGCAAAGUGGUGGUGAUGCUCCCAAGAAACUCGAAUUUAGUCCGAGCAAACUGGACUUCACCAGCUGUGAUCUUCCAUUGCUUGCCUACGCCAUGAUGGAGAAGAGAAACUUGUGCGAGCCUCUCGUGAAAGCCGAUGACACCGGUUCAUAACAUCAGAGCGCAGAAGAAGAAAAAAAACAUGACAGCCAAGCACUCAACUUCCUGACUCUAUUUCAGUGUACAGUCUACAUCAACAAAUUCCCUUUUACCAAGAUGCACUUGGCAGGGAAGUUUGCAUGUUAUCAUUUUGGUGGUAAGAAAUUGAGUCUUUUGUCAUAAUGUGAUCCCUCCUUGAACACAUAGGACCGGUAUCUUGUACAAUUUUCUAGAUAAGUAUUUUGUGAUAAACAGCCAAUCACAACACCACCAUCUGAACUUCUGUAAAUGUGUUAUCCACUUCUUGAAAUACUCUUGCUUGUUUUCUGGUCAAUUCCAGAUUUUUGGUACAGCCGGUUCAAGUGUUAAUUAGUGUUGUUUAUGAUACAUGUACAGUAUCAUAAACUAGUAUUCCCAACCUUUGUUGAGCCAAAGUUUUACAUGGGG